AUGCUAGCCAUAAGUACUGCGUUCACUAUCUGGAGGCUCGUCGUUCGAUUCAGGAUGUCGCAGAUGUCAUGGAGUGACUGGUUGAUGUUGCUUGGAACGAUAAUGAACGAUGCUGGUAUCUCGCUCGCAAUCACAUGUGGCUUUGCAGGCACCGGUCGACUUCUUCGCGAUCCAUUCUGGAAUAUAGAAAGAAUGGUCUACAACAACCACCUCACUUUUGCUAGCCAACUACUCAAUGUAUACGGCAUGUUCGUGGUGAAGCUUUCCAUCUGCGCAUACCUCCUAGCGCUGAACUUCUCCAAACGAUAUCGAAAAGUGAUCUGGGGAACAGUAGCAUUCGUGACCGUCUUCAACUUUCUGCUGCCGGUAACCCAACAUUUCGGACUUUGCAGGCCGCUUGCUUCCAGAUGGGAUAUCACCAUAGUGGCGCCGAUUAAGCAGUGUUGGCCGCAAAUAGUUCGUAUCGGGAUUGCCUACACCCAGGCAAUCUCGAAUAUUGUCACAGAUCUGGUCUAUGCUACUGCACCUAUCGCAUAUCUGCAGUCCAUCCAGUUGAGCAGACAGACUCAGUGGAGCGUGCGAGCUGUGUUCCUCAUGUCAUUGGUCUGCACAACUAUCUCCGCCCUCAAACUAUGGUCAUUCCAACUCUUGCAAGAUCAGACAGAAACGUACUACGAAUCGGUGUCAUUAUCAAUCUGGAGCACCACCGAGGUCUCUAUAGGCAUCGUCGUAGCGAAUCUCCCACCUCUCCGGAAGUCGUUUGACGGCAUGUUCAAGCACAUCCUGCCUGCAGCUAUCUUCUCGGGGAAACAGUCGAGCAGCAGGUUAAAAAGCUUUAACUUGCCGACGUAUGGCAGCCAGUCAGCCCGAAGAAGCAAAAUCGAGGGACGCUCAGGACGCAGUGAAAGGCUACCUUCCAUUGCGGACAACGCGAGUGAAAGAGCUAUAUUAGAAGAUAUCGAAAAUCAGGACGGGGCGAAGAGCUCGUCUGGAAUCAUGAGAACAACACAACUCAUGGUCAGCAAUGAUCCAGCGGAUAAGAUUCCGACUGAGAGACACUGA